GUGGAGCUGCCUGAAUUCCAGUUGCUUGUCAAGUUGUACGUGCCGGCGAACUUGCUCAUCAAAAACAACCAGGUAUCGGUGAAGCAGUUGGCUGGGUACUUGCCUAUCUUGGUGGAUCAGCGGUUUCCGGAACUCAAUUUCGAAUUGCACAUCUUCCUUAGCUCGCUUGUGACUGCCUAUGUUCUGUCAUGGUACUGUACGAAGCUCAACACAGAAAACAUGGCUUUUGUUCUUGACGUCUACGAGACAUUAUGCAUGUUUAUCAAAGAUAUGUCCAGCCGCAUUCUGGCCCUUGUGGAGCUGCCGGCGCUUUUGGCUACCAUCAACCAGCUAGCCGAGAUUGUGGAUCAACAUAUUCGUGAUAAUCUCGUGGAGAACGGAAUCCCCAACUAUGCACUGGCUAUCCUCAAGCGACACGCGCAAAACAUACUCGAAGAGACUGAUCUCCCGAGUCUCAGGCAGAGAUAUUUGAGAGAGAAUCACAUUAUCUUCAAUCAUAAAUAUGGCUCUUCAGUGCAAGGGCAGAGGCCUCUUGAGGGAAAUCCUCUGCUCCAGUCUGCCAAUGGAAUAGACGCAGACCCAACAAUGCAGCAAACGUACCUCAAAGUGCUAGUAAAGAACAUUCUACGAACAGCAUUUUCUGGGUCUGGCCUGACAAAACAAAGUCCCGAAUCGUCAGUAAUAGUAUUUAACUUCUUGUCCGUGCUAAUCGCGGAUUUGGUUCUUGAGAAGCUUUUGGCUAAACUCUCUGCCCCUGACUUUCUUGUCUCCCAGUUGAUAGGCGGGGUGUCUGGAAAACUUCAUUCCAAGCUAAAUACGAAGGAAUCCCCAGAAUCCACUGUCCUGAUUGAGCUGCAUGCCCAUAUUACGAAAGCGUAUUACGAAAAAGCUUACGAUGACCUAAGCACUGCGUUGUCGGCAUUCCAACUGUGCUUGGCUACGCUGAAACCAAGUCUGACCAUCCUUUUCUCGCCCAUGAUUUCCUUGCUUGACGCAAUUACAGGGUUCAAAGACAAAUUUCCUAAUUUGACUUCGUUGUCGGGGCUUCUUCGAUCCGUUCUUUUUUCCAUUGGAGACCUAGCACUCAAGUUAGAGGUUUUUGCGCAGACCUACUUCAUGAAAAAAUUAAGAGCUUCCCUGUUGGUCGAAGAUGCAUUCUUGGCUCAUUUGGUUGAAUCACUUAGAUGCUCCUUGUUCGAUAAAGUUGGUGAUACCGUGACAGACAGCAAAAUGAAGACCCCCUUGGAAGUGCGUGACGAGAUUUUCGAUUUGCUACGGAGCCAAUUGAGUCGGAAAUUACCACUAAACAUCUCAAUACCUUGGUGUGUCUACACAAACCAGAGGGAAGCCGAGACCAAGAAGGGUAUCGAAGAUAUUCUACGGAUCUUCGCUCCGCUCGAUCAAACUGGGAAUGAAUAUUCCGGAAACAAGAGCGACAUGAAUUUGCUUCUAGUCAUAAAACUUUUCGACUGUGUUGUUCAGAACAUCUACCCAGAAUUGGCUUCUGAU